UUGCUAAUUCAACAUAUGCAUUUGGAGAAGUUUGAAAAGUAUGUGUUUGCUUUUUUCUUUUCCUUUGAUUGGUUAAUGGUAGCGUGAUCUAGUAUAGUACUGGCAUAGGAGACAUACCCUGCUCACUCUGUUUCCCUGCAAAAAAAGUUGUUGCCUUUUGAUUAUGAUAUUUAGAAGAGAUUUUUUUUCAUCUAUGUGGUGUGCAUAUCUGUUUUGAGAUACUAAGAAAUUGUGUGGUUACGUGAAUGGGGACUUUUUCAAUUAUUGUGCAAUGCAAUUAUUGAAAGUCUUCUUUUUCAAAGGAUGUAAAAAUAGUAGUAUUAUAAUUACUGCCGUAAUUUUGGUGACUUAAGGACAAAUAGUAUUAUGGUUUCACCUUUUUGUCAUGUUUGGCCAUUUGUAUAGCAUUUUGGCCAUGUGUACCAGGCACCAGUUGUGAUGCUUCUUCUUAUAUUCUGAUUUUCAAAGAACUGGACUGUCUAUGAGUUAUGCAUCUUAAGUUGAUUGGGUCAAUUGAGUAAAGGGAUUGCUAAAUGAGAACAGAGUGAAGGCAUGUUGUCAAACAACUCUGGCUUCGCUGGUAACUGCAUUAUUAACGGUGAUGCAAAUUAUAAGUCAGAGAGCCCACUGAAGGAUCUGUAUGAAAGUGCACCGAAGGUCAGAAAACCUUACACAAUCACCAAACAAAGAGAAAAAUGGACAGAGGAGGAGCAUCAAAAGUUUCUUGAAGCCUUGAAGCUUUAUGGUCGAGGUUGGCGUCAAAUUGAAGAACAUGUAGGUACUAAAACUGCUGUUCAGAUUCGAAGUCAUGCUCAGAAGUAUUUCUCUAAGGUUGUUCGGGGUUCAACUGCAAGUGUUGAAGGCUGCAUGAAACCAAUUGAGAUUCCUCCACCAAGGCCAAAGAGGAAGCCCAUGCAUCCUUACCCUCGUAAAUCUGUUGAUUCCUUUAAUGGAACAUCAGUUCUAAAUCAACUAGAAAGGUCUCCAUCCCCAAAUUUUGCUGCAACUGAUAAAGGAACAAAAUCUCCUACAUCAGUUUUGUCUAGUCAUGGUUCAGAUGCAGUCGGCUAUGAUGCAUCUGACCAUCAUCAUAACAGGUCUCCUUCGUCAACCUCAUGUACAACUGAUAUGCAGUCAAUCAGUCUAUCUCCUUCAGAUAAGGAAAAUUGUUACUUGAUGUCCAGCUCAUCUGCUGAUGAGAAGAUAUCAUUGCAAGGAAAUCAGUUAUCUGCUCAAUCGAAUGUGGAGAACUUCUCCGUGAAAAUUGAACCAGGUUGUAAGGACACUGCAUGCAAUAACAAAGAAGCCAAAUCAUCAACUUCAACAAGUUUCAAGCUGUUUGGAAGGACGGUGUUGUUACCAGAUUUUGAGAAGGAAUCUCCUUCUGGUACUGAGGAUUCUGAAACAUUAAAAACUGAUGAAGGGCAGGAAUUAGACAUAAAUUUGUCUCUCGGUGGAUUUGUUAGUCCAUUGGAAAGCUUUCCUCCAAUCAACCAAACAGAACAACAGAAAGAAAGCUCUAAUAUUGUGGAUGCUGGUGCUCAAAUGCUCUGGUGGUCUAUGCCCCAAGUGCCCAUUCAUUACCAAGCAGCAUACAAUCCAAGCAGAGAUCAAACACCUCCAAAAAUGGAAGAGAAGGAAAUUAAGAAGGAAAGAUCUUGUUCUGAUUCAAACGAGGGAUCAUCUAGCGGGGUGGAAACCGGGGGAGACAGAAACAUAGAGGCUGUUAAUUCCUUUUCUCAAGAACCACAUAGUAAAGGAAGUGUUGAACAGUGCAAUUCUAGGAAGGGGUUUGUACCAUACAAGAGAUGCUUAGCAGACAGAGAUAAUGCCUCAACAGCUACCAGCGACAGGGAAAGACGGAAAAUUCGAGUUCGCUGACAAUUUUCCGCACCUCGGUUCUCCUUCACCCACAUGUAGUUAUAGCAUUCUUGACCAGAAUCUGGAGAAUGGUUUAGAGAACUGGAAAGGGUGAAAGGAUCAAAAUCCUUUUACCUUUGCCAUUUUGAUUUGUUACAAUUUCCACUAGGCUCCCACCAUUUCUUUCCUUCUGAAGUUAUCUGAGAGCUUUCCAAGUUGAUUGGGACAUUUUGCAUUCUCUUCUCUCAUCCGCCCUGAUGUUAAAGAAUUACUUAGAACAGUAGUAGAGGAGCAAUGGCAAGCAUUCAUGUUGGAUUUUUAAUCAGUUUGGACCUAACAAGUGUCUAUGCACCAAGUGCACCCCAGUUUGUUUAGAGCAUUACUGCAUUUGGUUUGCUUUCUAGCAAAUAAUUGUAACUUUAUUUUUAGAAAAUAAAUUUUAUUUAUAUUCUUUCAAA